UAAACGCGCAAUUUGAAAUGUACCAGCUAAUCUAACUAGCCAGCUGUGAAUGAAUCGAGCGGAGCCAUUUAAUUUUUUUUUUUAGCCAAUUAAUUAAUUAAACUUGCUUGUAAAUUGCUCGUAUUUGUAUUGUUAAAACCAUGGAUGUUGGUUCACAUUUACAGAGUUUUGAGCAAAGCUUAAACAACUAUACCGGAGACGACCCACUCGAUCCAUGGGACAGGUUUAUAAAAUAUCUAGAGAAGAGACUACCUGCUGAAGACUCCAAAGCGAUGUCUCUUGUGCUAGAUCGUCUAGUACAAAGAUUUCUCCAAGAAGAGCGUUAUACCAAUGACAUCCGAUACGUAAACUACUGCAUUAAAUGUGCAAGUUAUUACAAUGAGCCCAUCAAACUAUACAGCCACAUAUACAGUAAGGGCAUUGGCACUAGAGAUGCAGUCCUCUAUGUGGCGUGGGCUCAACAGUUUGAGCAGCAGGGCCUGCUUCAACAGGCUGACGCUGUGUACCAGAGAGCCAUUGAAAACCAAGCUAAGCCAACUGACACUGUCCUUCAGCAAUACAGAAUGUUCCAAACCAGGACUUCUGGAAGUGGGGCAGGGGCUUCAGAAGCUGUACGGAAUCCUCUUCAUAAUUCCAACUUGGUAAAUCAGCUGCAUACCCACAGAGUGCCCAGCCCACAGUGCAAGGACCCAGAACGUCUGUUCCAACUCCCUACAGACAGAACUGUUUGCAUAAUCUCCCGGUCUGAAAAUGUGGUGGUAAAUAAACCCAAUCAAGGCCCGGUUGUGAGCCUGCAGACAGUGUCGAUGUACCGUACGGAAGACCUCGUCUGCGAUGGGUCUGAACUAUGCUUCGAGGAGGUCAGAGCCAGACGAUACUUUGUGAGACGCAAGCAAGAGAAGAAACGGAGAGAGUUUGAGGAACGUCAGAGUUUGGUUAGAGAGCAGGAGGAGGAGGUAAUGAGGAUGAACCGGCUGUUGGAGGAACUGGAGAGUAAUCUCUGUGUGAGCUCUACAGACCAGGUAAGCCUCGCCAGUGUUCUACCAGUGCAGCAGACACUGUGCACACCUGCAACAGACCUGAAUCCUGAGUUCCUCCAACAUUCCUUAAGGCAACCUCUACUCUCGAGCAACCUCGGCAUCAAACUCACUCCAGGCUUUAGACUGAACAGUGGACAGGACCCCAGACGAGGCAUGGUUAGGGAAUCUGAGACACGCCUUCAGUGCGACAAUCUCAGGGCUCCCAUGACAGACACUCUGUGCUCACAGAGAUCUGUUUCCUCAUCUGGACAGUUGGAGGAGGUAAACACCUCCCAUAGAUGCUCCCUCCACAUGCCAGAAGCAGCAAUGGGUCUCUUGUGUGAAUGUACAAAAGCUCCAAAACCAUUUGCAGUCGCUUCCCAGGCAUAUUCUCUACAAGCUUCUCUAGUUCAGCCCCAACCAGAACAAAACUCUAAGCCAUUUGGGUCGGCCCCACAGAAGCCAGCAGCCUACAGAUCUGACGUGCAGCUUGGUGGAGUUCCAAAUCAGGAUGGUCACUCUCACCUCAGCAGCAUUUUCCAGCAGCACAACGGCAGCGAUCAUCAUGAGGUGUCUGUCAGUGAAGCUCCUGAGUCGGAGGUGAAAUUAGAUGUGUCACAGGGAGGGGCUGGAAACGUGUCCCAUAUCACUCCUAACACUUCUCUGGGACUGGGGCAAGCCACCCCGUCCAGGGUGCUCCCAUCCCCCACAGUCAACACACGGGAGGCACUUGAUGCUAUCAUGGACAUGUUCCAGGCUCCAACCCUCCUGCAGGAGGACCAGUUCUGCAGCAUGCCAAUGCAUCCACAUCAGGCAGAGAACAGCUUUGAUGCUGGCUACCAGAGAACGGGCGACGCCUCAUUCAGCAAGCCCCGCAAUGCAGUCCCCUUCGCCAUCUUUCAGGAUGAGAAUGACAUAAAGGAGAAAUGCAGUGCUGCUAUGGUGGACAAUGCAAAGCCACCAAGGGCCCUAGCAGAAAUCCCUGUAUCUAAACCAAAGAAACAAAAUGAAUCCCCUUCGGAAUUGAUACCAGAUGAGAGCACUAUGUGGGAAGCACGCUACAACUCCCUGGCCGCCUGCCCCAACAGCACCAGAGACUUUUCACUGUCGGCUCACCUGGUCUCCACUCCCUUCCAAAACAAAGCUCCUUACUCCUGGGACUUUGAUCAGGAUCACGAAAAUGAUCUACCCAGAGGCUUUGGGGGUCUAGAAGAAGUCCCUUUCCUACGACAGCCCACAAAACUCAGCCCUAUCAUAGAGCAGAGCCCACCUGAUGGGCUACCUGAGACUGGCACGGAGUGCUGUAUGAGAGCUCAGGGCUUUGCUGAGCAGGGAACCAUCGUGGGAGAAGGGCUAGCCCUGGCCCAGCGAAGCCUGGCUACCUGCUCCAUGACUGAAGUGCAGCAUCAUGCCCCGACCGCACUGUCCUUCAGAGACCAGACUGCCCCCCUGACCCAUGCUGAGGUGGCAGUGGCCAAAAGCCCUCCUUCCAAGGCCUCAAAGCCAGAAUGGGAUGUCUAUGUGAGCCCAGAGCAGUCCUCAAAGCCAGCUUUUCCUCUCCCACAGCGUGCACCUGUGGCAGAAGCAUUCAUUUCAAAGAGCCAGGUCUAUGCCCUCAAAUCCAACUUUGAUGUUCCAACUUGUCCAGAGAAAGCCCCAACGGCUGCCUUCGAUAUCCCCAUGAGUCCGCAGUGUGCACCCAAGUCAGACUGGUUAGUGGUCAAAAGCCCAGAGGUUGUGGUUGAACCUGACUUGGAUGCCUUCAUGAGUGCCCGUCAGGGUCAGAGAACAGUCGGCAUCCUUCUGGAGACCGUGGACAUCCCCAUGAGUCCAGAUCCACCUAAGUUUGGCUCAGAUGUGCCCAUGAGUCCAUUCCAGUCGUCAUCAAAGUUCAGAAUGGAUAUUCCUAUGAGCCCAACUCCAGAGGUGAGGUUUGGCAUGGAUAUUCUUACGAGCCCAGACCAAGGUUCAAAGGUGAACAUGGAUGUUCCCAUAAGUCCAGCAGCUCAAGGGGCAGCGGCUGUAGAGCUGGUCUCCGACCCCUGGGAUGAGGAGCUGAUUUCCUCCCUGCUCUCCAAGCUGUCCACACCACUCACCUCACAGCCUAACUUCAUCACCUGGCAAUGCAAAGUCCCCAGCAUUGCACCCAAGAUGACCAUCAAGAUCGGUGAAGGCUCCUUACGGGUUGACUGUGUACUCGGACAGGGUGCCUUUGCCACAGUCUACCAGGCAACUGACCUUAACACCUCGGAGAAGAUGAUUUUAAAGGUGCAGAAACCAGCCAAUCCGUGGGAGUUUUACAUUAACUCUCAGUUGAAUGCCCGGCUGCAGCCCAGCGUGCGCCACCUCUUUAAUAACAUCCACUCUGCCCACCUCUUCCAGAACGGUAGUGUGCUAUUGGGCGAGCUCUACAACUGUGGCACCCUAUUGAAUGCUGUAAACCUGUACAAGAACCUUAGUGACAAGGUGAUUCCCCAGCCUCUGGUGAUCUACUUCACUGUCUGCAUCCUGCACAUGGUGGAACAGCUGCACAAUAUCCACAUCGUUCACGCUGACAUCAAACCAGACAACUUCCUGCUGGGAGAGAGGUUCCUGGAGAAAAGGUCUUUUGACCAAGAUUAUCUGGAUCAUGGCCUCUCCCUAAUUGACCUGGGUCAGAGCAUUGACAUGACUCUGUUCCCAGAGGGCACGGCUUUCAACGCCAAGUGUAUGACCUCUGGCUUCCAGUGUACAGAGAUGCAGAGUGGGAAACCAUGGAACUACCAGACGGACUACUUUGGUAUAGCUGGAACGGUGUACUGCAUGAUUUUUGGAACAUACAUGCAAGUGACACAGGAGGGUGGCGUGUGGAAGACAAAUGCAGUAUUUAGAAGAAAUCCCCACAGUGAUCUGUGGACCGAGUUCUUCCACACUCUGCUGAAUGUACCUGACUGCAGCUCCCUGCCCUGCCUGCGGAGCCUGCGCAGUAGACUGAGCACUGUGCUCCAACAGAACUACAGCAACAAGCUGCCAUCACUGAAGACCCGCCUGGUUAUCCAGCUGUUAGAGAGCAGGAUGACACGGAGAUAGAACUCCCUGAGAAGCUUUCUACUCCUGGGUCCUGUUCAGUAGGUAUACAAUUAAAGAAAGCGGUCUGAAACUGGAACUUGGGAGAUACUAUCUGGACUUUAUGAACACCCCAAAUGAACAGGACCCUGGAUGGAUACUACUGCAAUGUCAAAUUUCUAGUCCAUUUGUAAAUACAAAAGAUUGCCCUUAAAUCGGGUCCGGUCACUGUGAUAACCUUUUAUGCAUUUUAAUGUUUUUUAGUGAUAAACAUUUGCCCAUUUAAAUAACAGAACUUGUGAGGUUGGUGAUGUUAUGGUGUACAUAAAUUUGUAAAGAAUAAAUAAAAAUUUAAACAUU